AUGCCAAAGAAGAAAGCAGCGGGAAAGAAAGGUAAGAGUGCUCCCAAAAAGAAGAAGUUAGCAAAGAGUAAAUCUCAAGAAGAAGUAAAAGCUGAAGCUCCUGUUGCUCCAGUCAAUGCUUUACCAAAUGCAAGCAAUUCUAUAUACUGCGAGACUUGAGAAGAUGUCAUUUGAUUUGAUUCCCCUCUCAUGGGGCAACAUAAUACACAAUUACAUAGAAUCUCUUCUAUCCCAGAUGCAUUCAAUGCAAGGUAUGACAUAAUUGUGAAUGCUGUCAAAAACACAUUAAUCCCUAAGAGAACCCAGCUAAUAGCCCAGAUAACAAGAGUUGACUACAGGAUUGAAGAAAUAAAAACUGUCAAAGGAAUAAUUUAUAGAGACAUUAAAAAUGAGUAUGGAGGCAUCGUCGAGAGGCUUAAUUCUGCUGAAGGUGUCAAACUAGCUAUCCUUCAAUAUGACAUUGCAGAACUACAAAAGGAAGUGAAUAGGAUAGACUCAAUCUUACAACACUUAGAUGAGCUAAAUGGUGUGAGCCCUCCUCAAGCCACUCCAGCUCCAUUAGCUCCAGCACCUGGGCAAAAUCUAGUCCAGCCAGUUGGUGGUGGAAUAAAUCAAGUGGGCUUUCUUAUGAAAUUUAAAAGGUUCCAGGAAGACAUUGAUGAACUGAUCACUAAGCAAUUUAAAGUAGAUAUUCCAGUGAUCCCUAAUGAUCUUCCCAGAGAAUUAGCUGAGAAGAGAGUUCAAACUGAUGAAUUCAAUAAGCAAAAGGCACUUCUUAAAGAAAAGAACGAUGUUAUCCUCAAGCUUGUCCAAGAAAUGAAGAUAAGAGAAAAGACUAUUAAAGACGAACUGGAUAAGCAAACUAAGGCUCAUGUUGCCCAAAGUCUCACUCUAUUGGAUGAUUAUGCAAACGAAUUGAACAAGUUCCAGCUGAUAUGCACUUUCUGAGGAGUCCAUCUUGAUCAUAUUGCAGUAAAUUUGGAAUGCCCAAGGAACCCUCUCAUCACUGAUGUUAAGGAGUUUGUAGCUCCUGCACAUUUCUACACAUCAGUGAUCCCUUCAAAGCAGUUCUUUGCCACUGGGAGACACUUUUUCGUCAAGCCUGAUGAAGAAGAUGGGGAUUUCAACGAGAGCAAAAUAGUCAUGAACGAUGAAGUCCUUAAAGACAAUGAAUACGCCCAAGCAGCUGUCAGAAAAAUUAGAGAAGACUAUUCUCUAGAAAAAGAGCAAGAACUCGAAGCCAAGCUCAAGCAAAUGUCUCUUGAAAAUGCUGCAAGAGAUGGCAAGCCAGAAUCUGAAGCAACAAUAAACAGGAAGGAUUUCGAGUUUUUGUUGAAAUCAGAGUUUAGACUUUCUGGAAGAGAAGUUCAAAACCUUCUUGAGUUGGUCACUCCCUCCUUUGAGGAUAAGAUCAAUUUUAAAUCAUUCUUUAGCUUCCUCAGAAAGGGAGAAAACUUUGGAGAAUCCUUUACUAAACCAAGGAUGGAGGAAUCUGACGAAGAAGAGUUUGAGAACACUUUGAGAAGAGAUACUGCAGAGUUUAAUAUCCAUGGGAUCCUGAAAGAAAAAUUUAAUAAAGAAGAUAGUCUCAGAAUUUUCCCUGCUAAACUUAACGAGCAUGAUAAAGAGUACCUCCGUGAAAGAAUUGAUUAUCUUAAUGUAAAGAAUGGGCUUGAAGGAUAUCUCUCAUACGAUGACCUCGCUCUGACUUUGAUCAAGUCAGACAUCAACUGAACAAAUGAGGAGAUAAAAGCAUUCCUAGACAGCAUCCCUAAAGAAGGAAAGAGAAUCUCAAAUUAUUCAGGAAUAGAAGAAGUGCAAUACGAAGUAGAUUAUAUCAAAGGAGCAUUUGGACUUGUCUAA